AUGACUUAUUAUUUUGCAAUAAUAGGAACAAAAGAUAAUCCAAUAUAUGAAACAGACUUUAGCCUCACAAGUGCAAAAAGUACUGGUAUUGAUCCAAGUUCAAGAAAAGAUGAAAAUCGACAUUUAAAUCAAUUUAUUGUACAUUCUGCCUUAGAUCUUGUAGAAGAGUUACAAUGGCAUUCUAAUACUAU